UUCAACCUUUUCGAACAUAUUGCCGCUUUCCAUCAGCCCCUACUCGCGCCGCUUGACGAGAGGCGACGGGCGCAGCGUCUCCCCUUUCGCGGGGUUUAUUGGGAAUUGUAGUCCGCUAUGUCCUCUUGGACACUUCUCGGGAGAACGGCUGGGGACUACAUUUCCCAUUUACCUGAGCCGGAGGAAAACGAAGGUUUCCUGUCUGACUCUGCGCUGGCUGCGGCCUUGCACUGAGGGAGAGAGAGGGAGAGAGAGAGAGAGUGUGGGGGGUGGCCUAGGCCCCGGCUGAGGCCCGGAGCUGGCGGGGGAACAGCAGCCGCAGCAGAGGCGGAGCGGGGGGGCUAUGGACCCCGCCGAGGCGGUGGUGCAGGAGAAGGCCCUCAAGUUCAUGCCCAGAAUACACAUGCCUAAAGAUGGAUUCCAGCUUACAUCUUCUGGAUACCAAGCAUGGCUAAAGCAGUGCUCUAUGCCCCGGUCUCUGUGGCUGGGCUGCUCCAGCCUGGCGGACAGCAUGCCCUCGCUGCGAUGCCUCUAUAACCCAGGGACUGGCACACUCACAGCUUUCCAGAAUUCCUAUGAGAGAGAAGAUUGUAACAAUGAUGAGCCUCCCAGGAAGAUCAUUCCCGAGAAGAAUGCACUCAGGCAGACCUAUAACAGCUGUGCCAGACUCUGCUUAAACCAGGAAGCGGUAUGCUUAGGGAACACUGCUAUGAAGACUGAGAACUGUGUGGCCAAAACAAAACUCGCCAAUGGCACUUCAAGCAUGAUUGUACCCAAGCAAAGGAAGCUAUCUGCAAGCUAUGAAAAGGAAAAGGAGCUCUGUAUCAAGUAUUUUGAGCAGUGGUCAGAGUCCGACCAAGUGGAGUUUGUGGAACAUCUCAUCUCCCAGAUGUGUCACUAUCAGCAUGGGCACAUCAACUCAUACCUCAAGCCUAUGUUACAGAGGGACUUCAUCACAGCACUGCCAGCUCGAGGUCUAGAUCACAUUGCAGAGAAUAUCCUGUCGUACUUGGAUGCUGAGUCUUUGUGUGCUGUUGAGCUGGUGUGCAAGGAGUGGUACCGGGUGACGUCUGACGGCAUGCUGUGGAAGAAGCUGAUUGAGAGGAUGGUCCGGACAGAUUCAUUGUGGAGGGGUUUGGCAGAGCGGAGAGGAUGGGGACAAUAUCUUUUUAAAAACAAGCCUCCAGAUGGGAUAGCCCCACCCAAUUCCUUCUACAGAGCACUUUAUCCCAAAAUCAUACAAGAUAUAGAGACGAUAGAAUCAAACUGGCGGUGUGGAAGGCACAGCUUACAGCGAAUCCACUGCCGGAGUGAAACAAGCAAAGGGGUUUAUUGUUUACAGUAUGAUGAUCAGAAGAUAGUGAGUGGCCUCCGAGACAAUACCAUCAAGAUCUGGGACAAGAAUACACUAGAAUGCAAGAGGAUUCUGACUGGACACACGGGGUCGGUCCUUUGCCUCCAGUAUGAUGAGCGGGUGAUCAUCACUGGAUCAUCGGAUUCCACUGUCAGAGUGUGGGAUGUAAAUACGGGUGAGAUGCUAAAUACACUGAUCCAUCAUUGUGAAGCGGUACUGCACCUGCGCUUUAAUAACGGCAUGAUGGUGACAUGCUCCAAAGACCGUUCCAUUGCUGUGUGGGACAUGGCCUCCCCAACAGACAUCACCCUACGAAGGGUUCUGGUUGGACACAGGGCAGCUGUCAAUGUGGUAGACUUCGAUGACAAGUACAUUGUGUCGGCGUCAGGUGAUAGAACUAUAAAGGUAUGGAACACAAGUACCUGUGAGUUUGUGCGUACCUUAAAUGGCCACAAGCGAGGCAUUGCGUGUCUACAGUACAGAGAUAGACUAGUAGUCAGUGGUUCAUCAGAUAAUACAAUCAGGUUAUGGGACAUUGAGUGUGGGGCAUGCUUGCGAGUCCUCGAAGGCCAUGAGGAGCUGGUGAGAUGCAUUCGCUUUGAUAGCAAGAGGAUAGUCAGCGGAGCUUACGAUGGGAAAAUUAAAGUGUGGGAUCUUGUGGCUGCCCUGGACCCUCGUGCCCCUGCUGGAACCCUCUGCCUGCGCACUCUUGUGGAGCACUCUGGCAGAGUUUUCCGGCUCCAGUUUGAUGAAUUUCAAAUUGUCAGUAGCUCGCAUGAUGACACCAUCCUUAUCUGGGACUUCCUGAAUGAUCCAGCUACCCAAGCAGAAUCUAACCGCUCCCCCUCCAGAACAUAUACUUACGUCUCCAGAUAAAUAGCACUACACUGUACCUCACACUUGCACAGGACUCAUUUAAGCUGCGAUAUUUAAAUUAUCUGCCAACACCAGAGCAAAAGAAUUAUCCACAUAAAAGUUAUUACUGAAGAGAGAGGCUCUCAGACACACUUCUGGAACCAAGUUGGCAUGUGGUUGAUCUCAGACAAGGUCUUCUCAGCACAGCUGACUGCCCGAGUGCUGCUAUAUCAGAAGAUUACUUUUAUCUUCCCUGAAUGACUGACGUGUUACACCUCCCCUCGUCACACUCUUCUCUCCCACACCCACCUCCUCUUUUGUCUUGAGUGCAGAUGUCCUAAAAGUAUUUAACAUGUCGCCAGAAUUUCUUGCUUUGCUCUUAAGCAGAAAAAAUCGUUGCCACCAUUCAUUCAACUGGGAGAAUCACCUUUUGAUGUGUUGGUAGAAGGGGAACAGCAGGCUGCUGCCUCUACCUUUCGGGACUCAUAUAAAUGGCACCUCUACAUAGUUGUGAAUGGACCUUGGACUUUAGAAAAGGGCCAGAUUAAUGCCAAAUGAAGGCCCUGGUGGCCAGAAACCAGUUAAGUGGUCAUGAUGGAAGUCGAGACAAUUUCAACUAAGCCCUUUGCAGUUAUUCAAUUGUAUGAAAUGUUGGUGUGGCAGAUGCCAGUAAGUGAAAGGUUAAGGUUUUUUUCUGCCAAAGUCUAAUAUUUUUUAAGAAUGGAGGCUUAUUGGUGCUGACAUCAAGUUCAUGGUUUUUUGGGCAAUAUUUCAUUAUCAAAAAUACGUAGUAAGAACAGAUUUCCCUGUUCUCCUGCUUUCCUCCUCUCUUGGUGCAGUAUGGCACAUGCAUCCCAAGCAAGAGCAUGACAUCAAAAUUAGGAACCAUUCUAGUUGGACUCCAUCAGCUGGGAAUGACUGAUUUAGUCAUUCAGGCUUUCCUGAUGACCUGAUUGUAUCAUUGUUCAUGGGCUGACAUUUGUGCAUUGCUUUGUUGGAAGGGAACUGCUAAAGAAAUGGGAGGUUAUGAUGACUCCACAUGCCAAUUUGUGGGGGGGUGGGAGAAUAGUAAAAAAAGAAAAGUGGGGAGACCUUGCACAUAAGACCUAUGGUACUAAGUAGCUACCAACACAUUAGGAAACACUUUACAUAAUCUUCAUGCCCUAGUGGGAAUAUCAGGACCUUUGUCUCCUAACACAGAGAGGCUAGGAGGUUGGCAAACAUUUGUUUUAAGUUGGAAUGUAGGAAACUCUAGUUUUACUUAAUGCUGCUAGGUAGGCAGGUUCUCUUUGUGGCCUGUCUCUUCUUUGUUUUCUUGGAAAUAUCAAUUGCCCAGUAAUAAUCCAUGAUGCUGUCUGGCAUUUGCCAUGGCAAGCUCUGUUCGUCUAAAGUUGAUGAGAGCUAAGAAAAAUUGGGCAGCCGGUCCUGUCCAUGUGGUUCUCAACACUGGUUUAAAGGGAUGUCUCUGCCCCAUCCAUGAGUUUCCAGCUUAGUUAUAAUCUAAGCCUUUAUUAGCACCAAAAGUAUAGUCAGAGGCAUUUGUUCUCAGGUGCGGGGGAGGAAUCAUGCUGGUCUGCUCUUUUCUUUUUUUAAAGUGUGUCUUGAACAGAGGCCCUUCAGAGAUCAGAAAGUUUUGCCUUACACACUAGUUUGUAUAGCAAGAGAGAGAGAGGCAGUUUAUCACACAAUAACACUUCAUUAUGUUUAGAGACUCACUGUUGCCCUUAACACUAUUUAAUCACUAUUCUCUUGGGUCCCUUGCCCACAAGGUUUGCAGAAUUGGCUGAAUAUAAGACCACAGAUCUGCAAAAGCUAGAACAUCAACAGGUUAUUCUCGUUCCCUUGCUUUCAGGUAUAGCUGUGAGAUCCAUGUUUUCUCUCCUGAAUGGAGUAUAUGCGUGUGUAUGUAUGUGUUUGCUGGUGGCUCUAUCAAGCACAUGGGGCUCUGUCAAAUGCCUGUUUUGUUUUGUUUUGCUGAGUUAUGAGGAGUUGGAGGUCAGAUGAGAAACUGCUGGUGCAAGCCUUCCUUGACGGUCAUGGUCCUGCUCUUUCCUACUGCUGUGCUGUUCCCAAACAUUUCUAAGCAUUGGUGUAUGUUUGUUUGACAUGUUACUGACAAUUAAUCAUAUUGUGUAAAACAUAUUCUCAAGGGGAAAGUAGUGAGAUUUUCCUGUACACCGUUUCAAAUGAAGAAGUUAAAAUGGUGCUUUUUUGAUAAAUGAAGAUCCACCGUGCAUUGACAAAAGAAACUACUGCAAAAGAGAGGCUUCCCCUCUCCAACUUCUACCCCACUCAAGUUGAAUGAUCUUAAAGGGAAUGCUAACAUUUUUACAGCUGUCAGUCUAUUGCUUCUCCAGCUGUUUACUGUUUAGCAGAGGUUUGGUGUUCAUUGGAAGAGGAAGGCUCUAAAUCUUCUACCUUAUCAUCUUUCUCCAUAGAAGUUUAAUGCACUGACUGGAUAGGUAAUUUCCCAAUGGAUCUUCAAUGAAAGCUGGAAAGGGAAUUUUAAUUAUAAUGUUUCUGGAAAAGGCUUGAGUUCUAGCAUCUUGCUUUGGAAUGCAAUGCCAACUUGGAAUUACUAAACACAAGAAGCCUUUCCUUUUACUCUCUAGAGCGGAGAGCUCUGCAGGCAGGUAUUCAAAGGAGGAAAAGCAAUGCAGAACUGGCUCUUAGCCAUAGAGAGAUCCCUUCUGUAAAAAUGUGCAUUUCUAGCACUAGGACAGUUGGUUUACUUUAGAAUAUGUGAGCUUAGUAUGGACAGAUGACUGAAUAUAUAGCAUAGGAAUCCACCCGCAGUAAUGCUGAGCCAUUUUCACAGUUCCCGAUUAAACGUCAGGGCAAGCUGAACAUUUUGAUUAUUUUUUUAAGGCAUUAUGUUUGUUUCUGCAACUAGAAGGUGGGAGGGACAAAGAGAAAGCCUUCCAUUUUGACUUCAUAAAAGAAAAAGGAGAGAGUUGCAUAUGUGUGUUUUCCUUCUCUAAGUUCACAUACAUAAAUCUGCCUAUUUGACCCGUGUGACGUGUGAGUCACUUCUCUAAAUGAGGCCUGGUCCUAUGGGCUUCCUUCUUUCCAGGUCCAGUUCAAACAUAUGUGGGAGUUAGCAGUGUUACCAAGAGAAAUGGCUGUUUAUAUGCUCUUUUCUGUUUUUCUAUAUACCAGGAAGAAGAUAUUCUCUGUAGGAGGGUAGGAGAAAAAUUCAGUGGGUUCCAGUAAUGAAGGCUUAUCCAGGUUACAUGCUUCCCAGUUAGCAUGUCCUCCUGGAUUUGGGAAGGAAGAACUGGAAAAACUCCCAAGUGUGGCACAAGACAUUUCCAUGGUCCCUAAGUGGCCUGUGUGAUGCAUUUAACAAUGCUGAGUAGUGCCCUGGUUCAUUCCCCUCCCCUUUAGAUCAUUUUCUUAAACCAGGAACCUUCCAAAUGAUAUCCUGUGGCCCUCAUGUUGUACUUCUGGAUGAAUUUAUCCAGCUGGUCACGGAAGCACAAUUCGCACUGUAGACGAACUUGACCCAAAUAGCCUCCCCGUGGGUUGAAAUGCUGCAUGCUGGAAACUGCAUGUUCUGGAAGCAACAUUUACGUAUUAUAAGACACUCUUUGCUUCCUUCUGAUCUAUAACACAGCUCCUGGAAUAAAACAUGGUUGCAACCCAUCCUUUAUAAAGCUCCCCAGUGAAAUUGUGAUUAGGUCAUCCUCCAUCUGCUUUUCAAAGUCAAGAGCUCUCUUCAAAGCUCUGCAGCAUCUUUCCUUAUGAGUAUAGUUCUAUGUUGGAGCAAUGUUCUAGGCCUGCAGAAUGCAAUUGGGCUGUAGCUCAGUUGUAUUCCGUUCCCGUAAAGUGACAGUAAUCAUAGCUGGAUUUGUCAUGGUUUGUUGGUAACCUUUCGGGAAAGGCUCCUUUAACAACUCCACACCAGCCGUAGCAUUGGGUCAUAACCAUACAUCCAACCCUACUUAGAAACCAUUACCUGGCUCGUGCCUCCAGAGCUCCUGCAGAUUCUCUAAUCUAAAGUCACCUUUCCCAAUGCAGAAAAUUUUGUCCUGAAGUACUACACAGCUUUUCUGGAGAAAAACAAAUCAUCUGUUCUGCAGGUCUACUUAUGUGCAUAGAAAACUCAAAAAUCAGUACUACAAUAAACGAUGCGAAUCAGUAAUAUGUA